AUGUCUGGAUACGGUGAUGACCAACAAUCCGGUGGAGGCUACGGAGGUGGUGACAGUGGCAUGAGCGGUGGCCAGGGAGGCCAAUCAGGCGGCGACUCCGGCUCCGGAGGCUACGGAGGUGGACAAUCUGGUGGUGACUCCGGCUCUGGAGGCUACGGAGGAGGCCAAUCUGGCGGCAUGGGUGGUGACUCCGGCUCCGGAGGAGGAUACGGUGGAGGACAAUCAGGCGGCAUGGGUGGUGACUCCGGCUCUGGAGGAGGAUACGGUGGAGGCCAAUCAGGCGGCAUGGGUGGUGACUCCGGCUCUGGAGGAGGAUACGGUGGAGGCCAAUCAGGCGGCAUGGGUGGUGACUCCGGCUCUGGAGGAGGCUACGGAGGAGGACAAUCAGGCGGCAUGGGUGGUGACUCCGGCUCUGGAGGAGGCUACGGUGGUGACUCUGGAUCAGGCAACCAGUCUGGCGGAGGCUCAGGUAACCAAUCGGGCGGAGGCUCAGGUGGAGGACUCAAGGGCAAACUAAUGGGCAUGGCCGAGAACAAGUUCGGUGGUGGUGGUGGUGGUGGCAGCAGCAACAACGGCAAUCAGGGUGGCAGCAACUGGUAG